AUGACUACCAAACGCGCCUACAAGCUCCAGGAAUUUGUGGCACAUUCUUCUGCUGUGAAUUGUCUCAAGAUUGGGAGGAAAUCGUCUAGGAUUCUAGUUACUGGAGGUGAAGAUCACAUUGUUAAUUUGUGGGCUAUUGGCAAACCCAAUGCAAUAUUGAGUCUGUCGGGACAUAAUAGUGGAAUCGAUUCAGUCAAUUUCGAUUCUUCGGAAGUCUUAGUGGCGGCGGGAUCUGCAAGUGGUACAAUCAAACUAUGGGAUUUAGAGGAGGCAAAGAUUGUCCGUACCCUCAGGGGCCAUAUGUCCAACUGCAUAUCCGUGGACUUUCACCCUUUCGGAGAGUUCUUCGUAUCUGGUUCUUCAGAUACGAACGUUAAGAUAUGGGAUAUCAGGAAGAAAGGUGGUUCUAUCCACACUUACAAGGGGCACACUAGAGGGGUCAAUGCAGUUAGAUGCACUCCAGACGGUCGUUGGGUAGUAUCUGGUGGACAGGACAACACUGUGAAGCUGUGGGAUCUGACUGCCGGGAAGCUAUUGCACGAGUUCAAGUGUCAUGAUGGGCAGAUUCAAUGCAUUGAUUUCCAUCCCAAUGAGUUCCUUUUAGCAACAGGAUCUGCCGAUAGAACUGUGAAGUUCUUUGACCUUGAAACUUUUGAACUGAUUGGUUCUGCUGGUCCUGAGGCGAGUGGAGUACGUUGUUUGACCUUCAAUCCUGAUGGGCGGACCGUCCUCUGUGGUUAUCAUGAAAGUCUGAAGGCUUUCUCUUGGGAACCGAUAAGAUGUCAUGAUGCCAUUGACGUGGGAUGGUCCAGAUUGUCAGAUCUGCAUGUUAAUAGUGAUGGGAAACUCCUUGGCUGUUCUUAUAAUCAGAGUUGUGUGGGAGUAUGGGUCGCCGACAUCUCGCGGACAGAGACAUCUGCACUUGGCAAUUCUCAGAGGUUCAAUAGUCAUGUGGAAUCUAAAGCAAGUGGAAUGGGAAAUCAAUCAAUACUAACUGAAAACACUGCAAAAGCAAGUUUGGGGAGGGUAUCAGUUUCACAAGGGGCAGACUCUUUGGUAAAUGAUACCAAGUCGUUAGGGAGACUGUCAGUCUCUCACAAUUCUGAUACCACCAAGGAUUUACCCAAAGAGUCAAAGACUAUAGCAUCCACAGGAAGUGUGCCUGGUACCCCUCAAAAGGUCAGCGUAAACUCUGGCGCAAAAGCAUUGGCCAAUCCCAUAACAGUUCCAAGUACUGGAGUCGCUAAGAAGAAUUAUUCAAAGGCCAAUCCAGCAAUGAGUGGUCCAGUCUUUAGUAAGACAGAUGUUAUACCUGUGAUUGUGCCUAGAACUAGUGCACGGUUGGAACGUAACUCUGAUUUGAGAAAAGAAACUAGUAUCAGUGGCAGAUCAAUGCAGUUUCCUUUGCAAUCAAAGACUAAUGAUUUCCGAAGGUUCCCUAGUAGUAAUGAUGACAUGGAGCAGCAGACUAUCUCUGUCCAGCAUGCGCCUACAGGAAGCAAUGUUGUGGACAGGACAAGUUUUCCUGCAGUGAAGGGCUCAAUUCAUGGAGUACUGGCUACUGAAAGGAGUUUGAAGGAGGACAGGUUGAUUGCAUCCAGAGGACCAGAAUCAAAUUUCAUGACAGAUCAACCUUCGACCUACCCUGUGGAAAUUUAUGAGAAUCGUGGGCAUAAAUUAUUUAGAGAUGCACCCUCGUUUGAAGGCCAAAAAGGAGGAAGAAUGCGCUCACUUGCUUUUAAUAUGGAGAAAAAUGGAAGAACAGCCUAUCAGGGGGCUACACCUGAUGUAUUACCUGGGAGAGCGUCCAGGGUUGUGCUCCCUCUUAAUAGAAGAGAGCACACCCCGUCUCCUGAAGCCAAGACGAUUUUGGGCACUGAUGAGGAUUAUAUAGCCGAUGUAAUGGAACCGCAUGACCAAUUUGUGAGCUCUAUGCAAUCACGAUUGGCCAAAUUGCAGGCUGUAUAUAGAUAUUGGGAGCGAAAUGAUGUCAAGGGGGCCAUUAGUGUGAUGGAGAAGAUGGCUGAUCAUGCUGUUGUUGCUGAUGUAACCAGCAUUAUUGCUGAGAAAAUUGACGUUGUUACCUUAGAUGUUUGCACGUAUCUUCUGCCUGUUCUAACAUCUCUUCUCGAGAGCAAAAUGGACAGGCAUUUGAGCAUCUCGAUGGAGUUGCUGGUAAAGCUCGUCCGGACAUUUGGUACUGUGAUCUACUCAACUAUAUCAGCUUCAAACACUAUCGGUGUAGACAUUGAAGCGGAGAGAAGAAUGGAGCGUUGCAAUCUUUGUUUCGUUGAGCUGGAAAAGGUUAAGCGCUGCUUGCCUUCCCUUGCAAGACGAGGAGGUUCGGUAGGGAAGUCUGCACAGGAGCUGAAUUUAGCUCUACAAGAAGUUUCGUAA